UAGAAAAUGUUUUUUUCUGAUGAAUCUUGUGAUUGUAUAUGUUUCAUAUCUGGUGCAUUAGAUAAGAUAAUGUAGUUACCGUUGCCGUAAGAUACAUUUUAAAGGACAGAAUUUAGUUGUACCUACAUUAAAAUCAUUGUUAAAGUACUUUGCUCCACCUUGUCUUUCCUUGUAUAAUCUGGAAAGGAAAACCCGUGUGGAAACACUCGGCCCGACAGUCCGCUGGCGUGACUCAUAGCUCACAUGUCGGAUACGGGUUGGGAGAGAAGCGGGAGCCGCCUCGCGCCUGCAGCACUCAGUGCGACAGUCGCUCAGUGACACACGGCGAGUGAAGCGGAGCGCGGUCAGCGCUGUGUCGUCAUUGUUAUUGUUUCGUUAUUGCUUGAAAGUGAUGUUCGACUCGAACGAGCUCGAUACCGACGAUAUUUUCAAGGCGCGACACGCGCGGCACGGGCCGCCCAUGGAGCUGCUGUGGUGGCUGGCGUGCGGCGUGCUGGCCGCGCUGCUGCUGGCGCUCGUCUGCCGCUGCUGCUGCAGGAACAAGGCGCGCGGCCGCGUCAUCGCGCCGCCGCCGCGCGAGGAGACGGGUGCACCAUACCCGCAGCAACAGUACGCGGGCGCGCUGUACCCGCCGCACGACGUGCGCCACGCAGCGCCGACGGUGACCGUGUACCCGGUGACGGGAGCAUACCCCGCGCCCGCGCCCUACCCGCCGGCCGCGGCCUACCCCACGACUGCGCCCUACCCUACGGGGGCGCCCUACCCCACGGGGGCUCCCUACCCCACGACGGCCCCGUACCCGACGGGGAUGCCCGCUGCAGCGCCGUACCCAUCGCCAGCGCCCACGGCACCUGAUGUCACUGCUUUCUAUGGAGUGGCGCCGCCGGGCUGGAGCGCGCAAGCGUGUCCGCCGUCGUACGACCAGGUGAUGGCGGACCACAAGCAGCCCCCGUACAACCCGCACGCGCCGCACUAGUCGCCCACUGCCCGGCGGUGCUACACUAGCAAUCCAACAUUGUUUACAUAAUCUAUUCAUUUUAUUGUUGUCUGUAAGAGUAAUGUCCUCGACUGAGAUGAGAUUUAUAUGAAAUAUAAAUGUUAGCGAUGUACAAUACGAGAGUUUAGUAUUAAGUAUACAAUACAGUUCCCAACGAUGUCACUGUAACGUAACGUUCGCCGCAGGCCGGUAGGGGGCGCCCGCACAAGUACAAACUGCGCAGAUGUGUUUGAUAUUGUAAAUUGAAAGGAAAUUGUUGGAUUACACGAAUACCGUUUUAUGAUAAUGUUUGCGCCAGCGUCGCGGCGCACAGUAUCAGUGAGAUAACAGCGCGUUAUCAGUGCGCGCUCAGUACGUGUGUCACCAGUACUUGUAUGUCGCGUCACUCGCAACAUGCAACACGUCGCUCCGCAACGCGCAACACGCCACGUGUCGCCCCGCCGAGCCUGCAGCGUGUCACUCUACAUGGGUUGUUCUCUAAGUGCUCAGUUUUGAUUAGAUCUAUAGCCACGCGCUGUAGCGUGCAACGUGCAACGUGUGUCGUGCAACGUACUUAACUAGUGAACCAGGCGUCUGCAGUAGUUACAGUAAGAGUGACGUCACUAUGAAUGAUAUAGAUAGACGUGUGAAUGGUGUAUAUACGCUGCGUCCGCGCGACCAGCGGACAUGUGAUAUGUGCGAGUACCCGACACAGUACUACACUGGGCGGUACCUCGCUGUCUGUGUAAAUAUGUUCUCCUACUUCGUGAGAUUGUUACUGAUAACUAGUGUUUACCUCAGAUUGUAACGUUUCUCUUAUUUCCCAAAUAUAGGUACAUUGAGCUUUAUGUUGUAAAGUUUAAGGUGCAUUUUAUUAUGAAUAAGAUAUUUUGAAUUUAGUUAUGUAAGUGGUCACUAAGUGUAUUUUAAUUUUCAUACAAAAUAUAAUAAACAUUAUGCGCAGCGCAUGUCGGCGUACA